AUGAUUUUUCUCCGCGAUAGAGAUGGGAAGAUAUCAGAACCAAAUAAUGGUUACGCAGAGAUAGACGUUCCUAAAGAUCUGUUGAUUUCUGAUUUUGAUGAUCCCCUUGAGGCAAUUUUUGAAAACACUUACCCAAAUUUUGAUGUUAAUUUCAAUAAUGUAGACUUUCUACAGUCAAGGGCAAUAUUAGCUGGAACCAUAGAGACUGUUGAUCAAAUCAAUCAGUAUAUUUUAGAAUUUGUUCCCGGUCAAGAGAAAGAGUAUUUAAGCUCGGAUUCAGUUGAUACCACAGACGGUGACGGCAAUGAAUCUUUUGAUGUUUUAACUCCUGAAUUUUUGAAUGCCUUGCAAGCUUCCGGUGUCCCCAAUCAUAAAAUCAAAUUUAAGAUCGGUACUCCAAUAAUGCUUCUCAGGAAUAUUGAUCAAGCAGAAGGUCUUUGCAAUGGAACACGUCUCAUUGUUACCAAAUUGGCCGAUCAUGUUAUCGAAGCAAAAAUUAUUUCUGGAAAGAACAUUGGUGGUGUCGUAUACAUUGCACGAAGGGACAUAACUCCUACUCAAUCCCCAUGGCCCUUCCGAAUGACCAGAAGACAGUUUCCUAUAACGGUAUGCUACGCUAUGACAAUUAACAAAUCUCAAGGUCAGUCUUUAGAUUUUGUCGGUAUAUAUUUUCCAAGAAGCAUGUUCAGCCAUGGUCAAUUUUAUGUGGCAGUUUCAAGAGUAAAGAGCAAAAAGGGUCUAAAGAUUUUAAUUCACGACAAAGACAAACAACCAUUGUCGGUGACGACGAAUGUCGUUUUCAAAGAAGUCUUUGAAAAUUUAUAG